UCUGAUUGGUUGUCAGGCAGGAAGUCGGACAGCCGCUCAGACGGUGUUUAUCUCAGAUGUGGAAAUAAAACAAUCAAUUUUUCUCCGACUUGAGUUAAAGUCCCGCCUGGAGCACUUGAAUGGAAAACAAAGCUGCGCAGUGUGUUGUGUUGUUUGUUUUGUUGCGCGUGACCGGCGGACUCACGUCGCAGCCGGCGGAUGACGGAGGAGGAUGGUAUCUGCCUACAGAUUUCCGGUUAGAAGACGAAGGACCUUGUAAUAUCGACGUGCUGGACAGCUCCUCCGUCUCAUAUCAACAGUUCAUUGAAAGAUAUGCCUACAGCAGACCGGCCAUCCUCAGAGGCCUCACUGAUAACACGAAAUUCCAGUUGCUGUGCUCCAAGCCCAGCCUCCUGGAGAAAUAUGGCUCCCACAGAGUGAAGCUCAGCACUGCUAACACGUACUCGUAUAGGAAAGUGGACGUUCCCUUCCGGGAGUACGUGGAUGUAUUCCUGAAGCCUCAGUCUGCAGACGCCCUCGGCAGCGAGACGCUGUAUUUCUUCGGAGACAACAACUUCACCGAGUGGCAGAGCCUGUUCGACCAGUACAAGUCGCCACCGUACGUCCUUCCUCACACCAGCGGAGCGUACAGCUUCGGGAUCGCAGGUCCAGGAACAGGAGUCCCGUUUCACUGGCACGGUCCGGGUUACUCAGAGGUCAUCUAUGGACGAAAGCGAUGGUUCCUCUACCCGCCUGACAUGGAGCCUCAUUUCCACCCAAACCGGACCACCUUGUCUUGGCUGAUGGAGACUUACCCCCACCUGCCGGAGAACGAGGCUCCACUGGAGUGCACCAUCAGACCAGGAGAGGUGCUGUAUUUCCCUGACCGCUGGUGGCACGCCACCCUCAACCUGGACACCAGCGUCUUCAUCUCCACCUUCCUGGGCUGAACUCCAUCCAUUAAAGGAAUUCCUCGUAAACCUCUUUGAUCCGAGUUUGACAUGAAGGCAAAAAAAAAAAAAAACACUUUUUCUUUUGGGGAACAAAAAGCUGUGAAUUUUUUUUUUUUUUUUUUUUUUUUUACAUUUUUCUAAUCUUUACUGAUGCUGAUGUUAUUCCAGUGACUUUUAGCAGAUUUUUGUACUUGAAUGCAACCGGAUAUAAAUCUGUAAAUGCUGUGUAUUUAAAGAUCAAAGUCUGGAGAGGCUGAAUUUAACCAGAGAAAAUGUCUUCUGCUUAAAACACAUUUAAGAUCAGACAUUUGUUUUUGGACUCUGAAAAUAUUAGAAAAAUAAAUUAUGAAAUACAGAACCGAAAACAAAAAUUUGCUCCCUUCAUUUAUCAUUAAAGAAAAUGUUCAUUAAAAUCUUGAUCAUU